GCAGCUCCGUGGAGUUGACGGUGCGUUUUCUCCGGUAGGGCGCCAUCAUCGGGUGGUUCUUGUUUUUACAGCAGAGUUGUCUGGGAGCAUGUCAAGAGAUGCUAACGCGACGUGACCCUGCUAUUAGCACGACACCACGCAGAAUAAAUGCAUAACAUGUGCAGACUGUCUGUGGCCAAACUGGUCAGAGACUUCAACAGAUUCUCAAAGAGACUAAAGAGCUCUGGAGAAAGACCUUCAGCUCCACUGGGUUCACGGUUUCUCACCAAUUCUGAAGAUGUCUUUAAGCACAACAUGUGGGAUCAUGUGCAGUGGACAGAAGAAGACAAGGAAAACGCACGUCAGAAAGCAGAAGUAAAUUCUUCUGUGCAAAUUCCUUUGAAUGAACAAGGUACAUUUGACACAGAUGCUUGCCAGUACUGGGACAGGUUUUAUAAGGUGCAUCAAGAUAAGUUCUUCAAGGAUCGCAAGUGGCUGCUUUUAGAAUUCCCAGAACUGCUUCCAUCAGCUGCAAAGAGCUGUGUGAUACAUAGGUGUGAAGGUGAUCAGGAGGCAGAAAUGUCACUGCCCACCGGAUCCAGCAUGGAGCCAGUGACCAGACAUCAUCAACGCAGUGGUGCCCCCGGCAGUACUGACACCUCAGCGGGUCAGACAGACUGCAAAGGCGAAGCUCUAGAAAAUACUGAGAGCUCCAAACAGACUCCUACAUUCCCUGGACAACAGUCAUCAUUCAGGAUCUUUGAGGUUGGAUGCGGGGUUGGUAACAGUGUAUUUCCCAUCAUUGAAUCAAUAAAAGAAACCGAUGCAUUUUUAUACUGCUGUGACUUCUCCCCAUGUGCCAUUCAGUUAGUUAAGAACCAUCCAGACUACGAUGCCUCCGUGUGCCAUGCCUUUGUCAAUGACGUCUGUGAGGAGAUGUCCUCCUUUCCCUUCCCUCCUCAGAGCCUGGAUGUUAUUCUAGCAGUUUUUGUGCUCUCCUCCAUUCACCCAGAGCGGUUGCAAGGAGUUGUGGACCGACUGUCUACGUACUUGAAACAUGGAGGGAUAUUCCUGUUCCGUGAUUAUGGGAGAUAUGACUUUUCACAACUCAGGUUUAAAAAGGGACGGUGCUUAUCAGAGAAUUUCUACACCCGUGGAGAUGGAACUUGUGUUUAUUUUUUCACAAAGGAAGAGGUUCAUAAUUUAUUUUCUGAAGCGGGACUGCAAGAAAUUCAGAAUCUGGAGGACAGGCGACUACAAGUCAACAGGGGAAAGAAAGUUGUAAUGCACAGAGUCUGGAUGCAGAGCAAGUACCGGAAGCCAUAUAAAAAAACAUAACAUAAAGAGCCUCCUAUGGACAUUUGCUGCCAUUGUUUUCAAUAAAGCCACUAUGUGAACAACAAAAAUGUGUGCAAUAAACUAUUAUUCGCAUUUUAUAACGCA